AUGGCCACCGACGGCGGCGAGGGCGCCCCGGAGGCGCCGGCCACGCGCUCUGGCGCCCGCCCGCUGCCGCCGGCCAGGCCCCCGGCACCGGAGUCGGUCGAGGGAUCCCGGCGCAAGGCCUUCAACGCGCGCUUCGCCGCGAUGCGGAAGGACUUCUUCGGGCGCAAGCGCGCGCGGAUGACGUCUGAGAUCGAGGCGGCGCACGUGGCGAUCGCGGCACUGGUGGAGAGGGUGGGAUCGGCGCUGCGGGAGCGGCCCACAGCGCCGCUAAGCGCGUCCGCUCAGUCGGAGCCGGGGGACGACAAGAGGGCCGGCCGGUCGAAGUCGGGG